CCACAAUAAGUAACCAGUAAUCGGUGUAUAACAUCCAACACAUGUGUAAUAUGACUCAAAAUGGCAAAAAAUCAACCAAACUUUUGUACGGAAAGCAAAAAGGCACUUUUUGAGCAAAAAUGAAUAUACGGCGCGCCAUCAAACAAGUUUUCGUUCCUGAAGUCGCGUUUCAAACACUGGCUACUUGAGGUGUGAGGCAAUACUUGCACAGGAAUAUGAAAUAGGUUUAUCUUAAGCUAAACUUUACUACACUAUAAUAAAUACAACAUUAUAAGCACUAGAUCUUAGGAUAUUCUUUUAAAAUUCAAUGUCGACCCGCUUUAUAAAUAAAAUCUUUACCGCCUUGGCUUAGUUUCUCAUGUAAUCUCGCACAUGAAUUGGCUCCGCGUAAAAGAUUCACCAAUGUGUUCAUUUUUUUCCAGAAACUGUUAUAGUGAGUAUACACUACAAUGGAGUAAGCCCUAUACGAUGGAGAGCAUAUCGAAAACAAGUACGAAAAAAGUACUGUAAAUAUAAUUAUUUUUGAGAAUAGAUUAUGUUGAACACACGUGUCCUUAGCGUUUAACAUUGGCGACGAGAAAUUAUAUUUUUAACGAAAGAUCAUAAGCAACAGCAGAAAUUUAUUUCAUUUUCAGAAGACAAUAAUCUUGGUGUAAUUCCUUUGUAUUCUGUUUAUUACAAGCUAUGGCUAUUUCAACUUUUAACCUUUCAACUUUUCCGAAGUUCGAUGCGGAUGAUUUUACUGCAAUCUUAUCUCGAAGGGAAGAAUAUAAGAAACGUUUUUUGAAAUUGUGUGUCGCUCUGAGCGUUGAAGAAGACGAGCAGAAAUUAGCCUUAUUGCUUAUUUACAUUGGCGUAUGACAUAUACGAUCUUUUAGUACCAGGUACAGAUGAAACGUUUGCAAACGCCAUUACAAUAUUUGAUGGAUAUUUUUCACCUAAGAAAAACAUCGAUUAUGAAGUGUAUACAUUUGGAAAAUUAAAUCAACAUCCCGACGAAAACAUUCAUCAGUUUUUCAUAACGGUUAAAACAGAAGGCGAACAAAUGUGACUUUGGAACAAAUUUGGACAAAGAGCUUAAACAACAAAUUGUGUUACACCAAAAUUCGUAAACACGCAUUUAAGAAUACAGCAAUUAGUUUAGCAGACUUAAUAAUUUAUGGAAAACAUUUGGAGGAUGUAGCUCAACAAGCCGGUGAUGUAGAGCGUUUGAUGAAUCCACAGAAAGAAAUUAACCGACUUACAAAGAAACUGGAAACACUCAGAGGUAAGAACUUGUCCAGCAGAGGAAAUAGCAGUAGCCGAAAAGAUAACCAUAAAACGUGUUAUAGAUGUGGGAACAACUACCCACAUUCUCAGGCAUGUCCGGCCGAAGGGAAAAAAUGUAAUAAAUGCCACAAGAUCGAUCAUUUUGCAUGUUGCUGCAAAAGUAGUGCUAGGGGUUCGGCGCUCAGUGAACAACAAAAUGGCUACUUCUGAUCCUCUAACUCUGGUGCUGAAAAUGUGAAUAUUUAUUUAUGUUAUCUACCGCGGCGAAUGCUAACAACAACAACAGUAACUGUAUUGCAAGUGUGCGUUCUAAUUCAAAUCUCUUUAAUAAUAGCCGUAUUCCGUCUGCCUUUUUGCGCGCGAAAAAAACAUCGUGCUACGGAAACACGAAAUAUGCGAUAUAUAAAGAACGGGCGACCCCGCUGUUUCUCCUCGGGUUAGCACACCCGUUUCUGUUAACUGUAUGUGAUAUAGAUCGGCAACACUUGUGCACUGUGACGCGUUGGUUAUCAGAUACAGCCGUAUGUCUGUAUCUCUGGAGAUAGCUGAUAACGCUGGCUAUCGGUCGCAGCCUGUUAGGCUAAAAACAAAAUGGCGACUGUAGAUGCAAGUGAUCCAACAAACUUCUUGGAAAGUAAUUUUUCAGGUUGAUAUGGACCUUUAUCUUUAUGAUGGAAGAUUAACUUAAUUUGCGAGUUCCUUAUUCUACGACCUAAGCAUCAAAUUGUUGGCAAAUGGCCUAGGUAGUGGUGGUGUGAUGUAUAUAUAGCUAGCUAGCUGGCUUCUUUAGGUUCUCCCCUUUUGAAGGGAUAGGCUAGCUAGCUACCUAACUACCUAUCUACCUUCUCUCAAAUGCUUCCAGAGAGACCUUAAAUACGGUUCUAGAGUAUGUGUUUAAAGCUCCCAUUUAAGCUAGCUACAGCUGUAGCUUAGCGUCCCUACAAAGCCAACUAUAUAUAUAUAUCAUGUUAAAAACAACUAAAAGCAUCUUUCAUCCAUCUGUUCAAAGCUCCCGUAACAAAAGAAGUUUACCUUAUUUAAUUCAUAGCGUGCAAGACAUGUAUAUAUCUAUUUGUUACAGACAAUUAAGUUGCAAAAUUUUAGGUUUUCUUUUUAUUUGCAUUCUCCAGUAUGUUACCUUAUUAAUGUUGGUGUAUAAUUUGGUGAGUAAGUGAACAAAAAACUUUGUCUUAUAUCUCAAGUAAGUGCAAAAAGAAAUUUAUUGUUAAACCAAAGCAAAUAUUGAUUCGAUUUAAGUCUUUUGUCAUGGAACAAAAGUUUUAAUACCAUAUAAUAACAUCCAAACUGAAAUUGCUAAACAAAAGAACAGAAUUAAUAUCGAAGUGUCGUCAUAGUAACAAGUUUUAUUUGAACAAUUUUAAAUCUGUGCCUCCGGACAAAUAAUUUAAUACGUCUUUCUUUUAACUGUUUUUAUCAAUUGUAUUGCUCUUUUAUGUCUAUAACUUGUACAUAUCCCCACCGGAUUUACACAGUUCUUUAAAAUUUGUUGAAGUAGUUUAUCACUGUACAUUUGAUAAUCGUUCAGCGUGAAACUGACAGUUAUGUACUUUUAACUUAUUUUCAAAUACAUUCAAUUUUAUAUAUAUAUAUAAUAUUUAUAUCACUAAAUAAAUUUUAAAUUUGGUGCUUCUUGAUUAAAGAACUUUAAAGUAUAUUUAGGUGUCCUAAUCAAGAAUUACUGAUAUUUAACAGCCUAUACUAAAAUUGACCUUAUAAUUGUUUGUAUUUUGAUAACGAUUGAGUAUUGUGUGAUCUAUAGACAUCGGUAACAGUUGCGUACUGUGAUACGAUGGUCAUCGCUUACAGCUGUAUGUCUGUAUCUCUGGAGACAACUGAUACCGCUCCCAAUCGCUUUACAGUUGAGCCAAGUUUACCGAACAAGCUUGAUUCCGGAAAUUAUACAUCUAAGAAAAGUAAAGUAAAAAAAGAUGACAGCAAUGCUACGAACGAACCCAUUCCCAACGAGCGUGUUUAGUUUUAUUUUCCACAUUUAUCUGCCUUAAUUUACUUUACGGAUUCGCUUUAUCAUCACAACUAUAGAAUAGCUCGAUGCUAGCUAGCUAGUUAGACUAUAACUCUUUAAGAACUUUUUUCCAUAGGUUUUCCACAGGUUUUGCAAAGUUGGUUUAGUAGGUUUGGUUUGGAUUCUCCCCUCCCUCUGCUACAACAUAUUAGGUGCUUAUUACUUCUUAUCUAAUGUGAAGUGGAUGUUUACUAAUGUGCUUAGGCAAGUUCUAAAUUACCAUUUCUUUAGGUCUAGUACUGUGAUGUUCAAUACUCAGUAGCGGAUUGACAUUAAAUUUUUACAAAUGGAAACAAGAAACUUUCGGAAAAUGAGUGGCAUAUUUUAGGUAGCAGCUAGCUAGCUAGAUUUAUCAGCAAAAAUUAUAUAAAAAAAGGAACUCUGUUUACUCCAAGGGUUGUCUUUUAUUGUGGCUAGCUCAACGGGAUUGAAAGCGCCAUUUUGAAUUUCGGGAAUAAUUUAGGAAUGUGUGGAUAUAUUUGGAGAAUUUUCGGUGAAAUCAUGAAUUUUAGUCAAAAUGUUGCCCAAACUCUCUCUUAUGCGGGCAUUUGGGGCUUAUUAGCACCCUCAUAAUCAUUACGAAAAUUUUUUGUCACCUACUCCUAAAGUGAUAGUUUAUUCAAAGCAAAGGAGGUUAUACAUGAGGAGAGUAUAAUUAUUAUGAUUGUGAACUUGGCGAAAAACAUAUUCUUUAAUAGUGUGCAGUAUAAAAAAUUGAUGUUGGCUGACAUUAUGAAUAAAAAAUACCUUUUUUUUUCGUAACGAUCUAUGUUAAAUAUAAUAUAUAUACAUUAUUAACAAUGCCAUUUGCAAAAACCAAACGUAAGGGUGCUAGAAUAGUUAGCAGUCGGUUGCAUAAUAGCAGAGUUAAAAAAGUUUAUAAGAGUGCACCAUAUCAGUCAUCUACCAACAAUGAUAUCACAAUAAGUCAACCUUCAUCAUCUAGCAACAAUAUUUUUGAUGCAGAACUUCACCAUGUCUGUGAGUUUCUAAUAAGUGGCGAAGCUGUUGUUAAAACUGGACUGUACUAAAAGUCCAAAGAAAAGAAAAUUGAAGGAAAUUAAAAACUGAAGAUACUAUAUUGGCAUAUGGAAAUAAGUAUCAUCUUAUGCUUUCAACCAAUUGUGUAAAAUGUGGUGUAGAUUUUUCAAAUACAGCUUGUGUAUGGUGUCAAUCAUUGCAGCAGUUGUUGCAAAGAAUUUCAUAGCAGUAUUCCAUUUCAUUGCAUGAAAGAAAUUACUGUGAGUUAUUUCUAUGAUUUAUUACACAGUGUUCACUCUCAGCCUUUUACAUGCAAAACUAAAACUUUAUUUUAGGGCUGAUAUAAUAGGUUUAUAUUUUUGGUAUGGAUGCAACUUUGUGGCAUUGUGUGUAACAAAACAUCUACUGAUUCUUUUCAUUGGGUUUUAGAAUCAUUUUGAAGUAAAAGAGUACAAAUACUACCGAACGUUGUGCAGCAAACAUGUACAAAUGUGUUCGUCAAGAUAUACUCGUAAUAUGACAAUUAUUGGGUAUUUGCAUGAAUGUUGUGUGUAUUUUUGUUCAUGCAAUAAAGAACUGAAUUCUCUUGUGCAGUACAAUGUAUGGCCUGCAACUCCUACAAAGCCACUAACAGCUGUAUCUAUGGAACUACUUUUCACUUUCAUAGCUUUGCAAUUAGAAGGGAAAAUAUCACUAUUAUCUUUUUGUGAUGCACUUUCUUGUAAAAGUGGAAUUCUUGAUCACCAGUUGGUUAGUCGGUUGCAAUAUUGUGUGUGCGAGUCAAAUAAAAAUGGAAGCUUGUUUUAUUGUAUGGAUGCCAAUUUUGGGUUGGUCUUGAAAAAAUCUUCUUCUAAAUCAAAAAAGAUGCCAAUACGGUCAGAGCAGUUGUUUGUUGCAGAUACUGAAGUUGUUAAUUUGAUGGAGAAAUACGACGAUUCAUCAGGGGAAACAAGGAAAGAUUGCAGUAAUUUUCAAGCUGGCAACAACAUCCGUUCUAAGCGGAAGACAAAUAAGCUCAGUGUUACUGGUGUGUUUGGCAUGUCGUGUCGACAUGAAUAUUCAAAAUUAUUUUUAAAUAUGUGCCAUGGGGAAAGGUUGGGUUAUGCUGUUAUGCUGUUAGAUAAGAUUUUGCAGGAAUCUAAUGGAAAAGAAUUAAAUGUGCAUAUAGUAUACGAUAUAGCAUGUGUUUUAAAACGACACUUAGAGAAAAAACAAACCAUGACGAAGUACAACCAUUUCAAUUUCGGUAUACCUUUGUUUCCUUCAUAUGGUCACAACGUUAAUUGCCAGAUAAAGAACUCCAUUCGAAGACUAGAGUCAUUUGGUCUCAUGGACGGAGAAUUAAUGGAAAGACUUUGGUCAUACUUGCGCUCGUUUUCCAAAAUUACUAAAGAGAUGACCCCCGCUCAUCGCAUGGAUUUACUGGGUGACGCUUUAAUGCAUUUUGGAUCAAUCAAAAUGGGCAAUAUAGGUAUACAUAGGUAGAAUAAAGCAAAAGAGGUAAACAUGAUUAAAUCAUGUAGUAUUUAUAAAAGGUUUAUUAAUUAAGGAAAUACAUUGGUAAAUCUUUAUGAAACAGCCAAUAAAACGAUUAAGUCGUGCUGUGAUGAACUUGAUGCAAUAUGCUCAAACUUUCAAGGUAUGUUAAGUAGUGAAGAUGUUCUACAACCUUAAGACCGGGAAUACUAAGUGUAUUUUUCUCAGAGUUUUUUUUUACGCAUGUGCAUAUUUUAAAUCGUUAUCGAAUACUUCUCCGUUAAACUUACGAACGCAGAAAGUUAUUUCAAAAACUUUUUUUGUUUAAACAUCGAGGGCAGAGAACUUUAAUUAGAAAAAGUACUUUUUAAAGCCUAUAUAUAAUUUGUUUGUCAGUUGUAUUCUUAGUAAGUAUCACAUCAGACGUGUUGAAUGCGUGGAAAAGCGAGGAGGAUGAAGCGGUAACAAAACAGCCUUCAAAUGCGAAAGAUAUUGAAUGGACUCAGUGCUACUAUCGAAAGCUCAAAUAAUUUUGGAAAGAAAAGCGCCUGUCACCGAUGAGUGAAAAGCUAUCAGAUCGAGCUUGCCAUAUUUCUAAAGCAGCAAGGAUUGAUAUCACUCUCCAAAGUCUUGAAAAGAAGCAUAAAGUUCUUGCACGUUGAACCGUUAGUACUCCUGAAUAUCGAUUCGAACAUAAAAACGCCUUGCAAUCCUCACAAGAUGAAGCCAUAUGCCAACUAUACCACGGGGUAUCAGAACGAAUGAUGUUGUUUGUAUUAAAAAAUCGUUACGGAGAAAACGUCAAUAAUUCCAGAAAAUGUGAAAAGAAAUUGCGUCCAAUUAUAUUUGAGACAGCAACGAGCGUCUGAAGAGAUUGGCCUUGUAAAACAUGAAAUGUCAUGCGUUAUAGAUUAUUAGCAAGCGCAAUUUCAAAUACUAAAACAAUACUUGGAAACAUGCGACAAGCCUGCCAAAAAGUUUGUCAUCAGUGAAGUUAUGGGCCGCGUGAGCGAUACCUUAAAUCGAAAUAAAACUCUGUUCAAUAGUUUCGUCACAUUGAAAAUCCACUUGCGAAUGAUGUGCUAGUUAUGUACGAAGACGACGAAACGAUAGAUUUCGCGUAUUACUCUGAGGACAGUGAAAUAUACUCAGAUUCAAGUGAAAGUGCAGAUGGUGAAUAUUAGUUAUAUUGUAAAUAUAUAUAUGAAGCCGUAGUUCGAUUAUAUAAAAAUACAACGGAAGGGAAUAAGGAGUAUAUAACCAAAAGUGUUGCGCAUGACUUGUACCUGAAACAACCAUCUUCAUUAGACCUAUUCUGAAACAAAACAAUGUAUUUAAUACCUAAGAUAUUUUUUUACAUAUAAUUUAUUUUUGUUUUAAAUUUCAUGACUAGAUAUUAAAAUUCGUGUACCUUACUUAACUAUAUAAUAUAAUUGUUGGCGUAACUUCCUUCCCACCUUGUUUCUUCACGAGCCUGUUGCCUGUGUAGCGCAAAACGAUAAUUUUCACAGUAAGAAAGACGUAGAAAUGAAUCAGCGUCAAGCCAAUGUUUUACUCUGGUUAGCCUAUGGUCCAUACCGAGUAACUCGGAGGCUCUGAUACGGUCAUUUCGAAUACUGACAGAACGAACUUUAUAAACAAUGCCGCCGAAGUGAAUCAGCGUCAAGACAAUGUUUUACUCUGGUUAGCCUAUGGCCCAUACCGAGUAACUCAGAGGCUCUGAUACGGUCAUUUCGAAUACUGACAGAACAAACUUUAUAAACAAUGCCGAAGUGAAUCAGCGUCAAGUCAUUGUUUUACUUUGGUUAGACUAUGGCCCAAACCGAGUAACUCGGAGGCUCUAAUACGGUCAUUUCGAAUACUGACAGAACGAACUUUAUAAACAAUGCCCAAGUGAAUCAGCUUCAAGCCAAUGUUUUACUCUGGUUAGCCUAUGGCCUAUACUCAUAUUCAGAAAGAAUAUUGCAUAAAGAACAUGCAAUAUUGAUAAACUUCUAUGAUUUCACAAAACCAGAAGAAUUUUUGAAUAGCCCGCAGAGUAAUUUAUCUUAAAUUAAAUUUUACAAAAAUGCCCAGACGUUUAGUUGUCCCCGUCUAUUUAAAACAAAAGCUGUCUAUAGGAGAAGCAACGAUGGAUAUAGUGUAUCAUAUACUAGAGUGAAACAUUAGUAAUCUGUUGUUUGCAAUGCCAGACGCUAUGUUACGUUCAAGUCCUUAGUCGUGAAUCCGAACGCUGUUUUCACGCCAAAACCUAUUCCUAUUUUAGUUGAGUAUAACGAU